AACACACAAUAAUGGCGCCCAUCGAUAUUCCCACUUUUGCUGACAAGCAAUUAAAGCUGCUAGCCGCAGAACUGAAUGCUGAACUGGAAGAGACUGCUCUACUGACGGCAACUCAUGCUCCGUCCACGCUCGCCCGUGCCGGUCUGGCCGUCUUGAAUCUCGCCAUCAGCGCUCAACGUACAGGUCUGGGUGGUAAAUCGCUGCUUGAGCUUUCUCUGGAUCCCGCAAUUGCUGGUACCGAAACCGAACUUCCUGAACAUGGACUACGUGUCGGCGAUAUCGUCGGUGUUUCUGAGCAGCCCAAGGGCGCAGAGAAGAAGAAAGAGCGUCAGGACAUGGAGAAGAAGCAGGUACAAGGUGUGGUCGUCAAGGUGCUACGAGAGAUCAUUGUCGUCGCUCUGGACAAGGACGAGGUUGAUGUUCCGGGUGGAAAGUUGUGGCUUGUUAAACUCGCAAACGAUGUUACAUACAAGAGGAUGAACCAGACCAUGAAUAAGCUGCAAAAGAUGCCCGAGAGCGAGCACUCUACGCUGAUGCGUGUUCUCUUCGGCCAAUCUUCAGCAGUGACAGUCCAACCUAGAGAUAUGGCGAAGGAUCUCGAGUGGAUGGAUCCUUCCCUCAACGACUCUCAGAAGGAGGCCAUCAAGUUUGCUCUUGCUUCUUCCGAGGUUGCCCUGAUUCACGGACCGCCAGGAACAGGCAAGACUCACACGCUGAUCGAGUUGAUUCGUCAAUGUCUGAAACAAGGGCUGCGUCUCUUAGUCUGCGGACCCAGCAAUAUUUCCGUCGACAACAUUGUUGAAAGAUUAGCACCACACAAGGUUCCUAUGGUCCGCCUAGGUCAUCCUGCUCGCCUCUUACCAGGAGUGCUCAACCACAGCCUUGACAUCCUGACGCGUACAAGCGAUGCAGCAGCAUUGGUUAAGGAUAUUCGUAACGAGAUGGACGACAAGCAGGCGAGUAUACGCAAGACAAGAAAUGGCAGAGAAAGAAAGGCCAUCUAUGGCGAGAUCAAAGAACUGCGCAAGGAAUAUCGACAGCGAGAAGCCAAAUGUGUGGAUGGUCUCGUAAGAGAAAGCAAGGUUGUUCUUGCCACUCUACACGGGGCUGGUGGUUUCCACUUGAAAAACCAACACUUCGACGUCGUUGUCGUCGACGAAGCCAGUCAAGCCCUGGAAGCACAGUGCUGGGUGCCAUUAUUGAGCAGUGGUGCCAGUAAGUUGAUUCUGGCAGGAGAUCAUCUGCAGUUGCCGCCCACCAUCAAGAGCUCAAACUCGAAGUCAGUCAAGAACAAGCCCAAGGAAGGACAAGACGAUGUGAAUCUAGAGACCACGCUCUUCGAUCGCAUGCUUGAACUAUAUGGAGACGACAUCAAGCGUAUGCUGACCAUACAGUAUCGCAUGCAUGAGAAGAUCAACGCCUUCCCGUCAGCAGCACUUUACGAGUCAAAGCUCAUGGCGGCAGAAAGUGUCAAGGCAAGGCUGUUGAAAGACUUGCCUUACGACGUCGAAGAGACCGAAGAUACGAACGAGCCAGUUGUCUUCUGGGAUACACAAGGCGGUGACUUCGCUGAGAAGACAGAGGAUGAUGAAGCACCAAAGUCGAAGAGCAGUCUACUGGGAGAGAGCAAGAGUAAUGAACUCGAAGCCGCAAUUGUCAAAAAGCACGUUCAGAGCUUGGUCGAUGCCGGAGUCAAGCCCGAAGAUAUUGCUGUCGUGACACCCUACAAUGGGCAGCUUGCGGUUCUGUCACAAUUACUCAAAGAGAGGUUUAUCGGUGUUGAACUCGGAAGCAUUGAUGGGUUCCAAGGCAGAGAGAAGGAGGCUGUGGUGGUUAGCCUUGUCCGCAGCAAUGCAGAGCACGAAGUGGGCUUUCUCGCAGAAAAGCGAAGACUCAACGUUGCUAUGACUCGGCCGAAGAGACAUCUUUGCAUAGUCGGAGAUUCUGAGACCGUAGGCCGUGGCAGCAAGUUCCUCAAAAGCUGGAUGGACUUCCUAGAGGAGAAUGCAGACCUCCGCUACCCAGAUCUGGACGACGUACUGCGCGACGAGUAAUGCGUGACAGAUAGAUUGUUUGGUACGGCAAGAGAGUCCGGCUCGUCUUAUCUGACAGAGUGUCACAGCCGACGACGAAGACUGGACCGCAUGACCUACUGAGCUGAUGGUGGUGCUGGUUUCAUAACGCGAUCGAGAUGGUGUGAUUGUGCUCGACACGUUGAACACACGACGCAUGAUACAAGGCAGAAGUAUUCUUGUAGAUUGCUGACGCGGUGAUUGCAAAGCAGGGCUUCAUGAGAGGAGGUGGACCGUGAGUUGAUGUUCGUCCCCACUGCUCCAAGCAGAGGCCGGAGGUGGGAUCUAGGUAGAGGAGACAAUCGCUUGGCAGUAAAAAAGCGCGACGGGAGAUUAACAGUUGCCGAAAAGAAUGGACCACACCCUGUUAUAGCAAGCAAUUCUUCGAUGCCAACGACCCCCGAGGACUCAACGGUCUAGUCGAACGGCCACGUACAGGCAGAUAGAAAAUGAUAUUAUCGAAGCGAC